GAUAACUGAGGCACAGAGAAGUGACUUGCCCAAAGUCAUACAGCAAACAAGCGACAGAGUCCGGAUCGGAACCCUCGACCUUCUGACUCCCAAGCCCGUACUAUCCAGUACUUGGAACACAGUCAAAUAAGCACCGUUGUCCAGAGAAAUGGCCGAGGCCCCCUGCGUCAAAAAACAGAAGAGGAAACGUGUGUCGAAUGGCGUUGCGAUAGAGCCCAAAGUCAUCAAAGUGAGUGGCGACCCAGGUGAUGAAGAAACGGAUGGAGAUUCUCUGAGUCCACCCAAGUUAAAGAAAGCACGUUUGUCGGCUGUUUUGUUCGGUGACAAUUGUGAAGUAAACCAUGGUCAGAUACAAGAACUUCUGAAGUACGCAACUUUGGGGAAACAGCACAAAGCAGCCAAACCCAGCUGGUGCCGCCUUUUCCACCAAAGACACCUGAGGAGUGUGGCAGUAAUUGUCCUGGAGGGAACGAGCCAGCUGCACUUCUACAGAUUCUAUCUGCAGUUCAAACACCUCCGAAAGACAUUCAGACAUAGAUUCCGUUUGCCACCUCCUUCGGCAGAUUUCCUGGCAGAUGUGAUUGGGAUGCAGCUGGAUCAAGGGGUUGGAGAAAAAAUGAAAACGAAUAAGGAUCAUCUCAGCAUGGCAGAAGAGGCAUCACGGCCCGCCGCACAAGGCAGCGGAGACCUGCAGAACGAUCCCAUCAUCCAGAAAUAUGGGUAUGACAACGUUGGCCUCACCGAGUGCCUUCUCUCGGAAGAAGAGAUGAGAAAAUUUGACUUUCCUCUCCAAGGAUCUGAUGGCUGUGAAAACUUUGUUCCCACGGAAUGUGUUGGCCAGAUAACCAACAACAGCCCCCUUUUUGGAUUGGACUGUGAAAUGUGCCUUACAACGAAAGGGAGCGAGCUCACCCGUGUCUCGUUGGUGCGAGCGGAGGGUUGCUGCCUUCUGGAUGAACUUGUGAAGCCCGACAAUCCCAUUCUCAACUACCUCACCAGGUUCUCAGGCAUCACAAGGGAUAUGCUCCAACCAGUGAAAACAAAACUAAAAGAUGUCCAGGGGAAACUGAAGAGUCUUCUUCCACGUGACGCAGUGUUAGUGGGCCACUCUUUAAAUGUGGAUCUCAAAGCUCUCCAGAUGAUUCAUCCCAACGUGAUUGAUACUUCGUUGCUUUAUGUAAGAGAAUUUGGGCGAAGAUUCAAGCUCAAGUUCUUAGCCCAAGCUGUUUUAGGGAAGGAAAUACAGAGUCCUGAAAGGGUGGGGCAUGAUUCCACCGAAGAUGCCGUCACCACCCUUGAACUGGCCCAGUAUUUUAUCAAGCAUGGCCCCAGGAAGAUCGCUGAGCUGAAGCUGGAAACCUGCCUUACACCCCAAAGGCCGCUUGCGAGCCCUGAGCAGAAACCCACCUUGGUGUCUCCUCGCAACGGGUUCCAGGCACACUCAAAACCCCAAGCAAGACUAACCCAGCAGCAGGAUCCAAGCGAUUUAGACCCUGUCGGUCGAAAAUAUCUCCUGCUCACCGGGAAGAAAGAUGGGAAUGAACUAACUUCUCCCAGCUCUCCCAGGAGUGUGAUUUGCUCUUCCAAUCAAGAGGUCCUUCAGGAAGCCAGAGAGCGGGUGCCUUUGUCUCCGUUCAGCGUAAUUCAGUUCUCACUGGGGACCGAGCCCCUGCUCCCCAGGGUCGCUGCAGACAUGAAUGAGAAGAUGAAAGCCAAGUUGGUAGCGAUGUCUACAGUCUACGCGGGACCAUUUAGGAUCGGCAUCUGCCUCCGGCCUCUGAAGAAGCUGUUCCAGAGUUGCGGCCCGAUUCGAUCGAUACGGGUGGUUCCUGAAACUUAUCAGCCGUACGUGUGCAUUCAGUUUGAAGUCCUGGAGGCUGCCCAGCUGGCCGUGGAAACCUUCGAUGGAACAUUUGUCGAAGGGGCCAGAAUCAAGGUUCUGAGACCCAUCCAGGAACUGACCCUCGAUGGUGACACCAUGCUGAGGAAGCUGGAGGACGAUCUCGAGAACGAAGUGGCCCUGUACGUGUCCGGCCUCAAGAAAACCGCCACCGAGGAGGCCAUACGUGAGCAGUUCAGCCUCUUGCCCGAUCUGAAAGCCAUCUUCUUGCCUGUGAAUCGAGAAACAGGACACAACCACGGCUACUGCUUCCUAAGGUUUGGAACCCUAGCAAGCACCCAGUGUGCCCUGGACAUCUUGAAGAGAGGGACCGGGCAGCAUCGGGGGCUGAAGUGCCGGAAAGCUCUGACUCCGAGCCACCUCCAUGAGUGGGCCCGACAGCGGCCCGAUGAUCCGUCGGACCCCAGCCUCCCCUCCCGGGCUUCGGAGUCACAGCCUGCCUCGGGAGAAGACCUGAAGAAAGCCACCCGCCAUUUAGACCGGAGGAUUAAAAGGUUGCACAAGAGCCUGCGCCCCAGCACUCUCUGCGUUAUCCUCCUGCCUGGAGUGAACAGUGCACAUGGAUCGUUAUCUGGCCUGGGGAUGAUGGGGAUCAAGGAUGAACUGGGAAGUGCCUGUCUGUUCUGAAGUGCCUUAGCUGUUUCACAGCAAUCACUUGCCCCUGCUGCCUCACACCACUGCCCUAAAGAUGCUGCGGAAGGUGAAAUAAAGUGAUUUGAACCCA